AUGAAAUUCUUGAUUUCCAUUUUUGUUCUUUUGGUAUCUAUUGCCAUCCUUGUUCAAGCAUCCCCUUUAGAAGAAAACCAUGAAAGAAAAGCAUGCCUUAAUACUAAUGAGGCUAGGAAAUUCGUAUCAGAACAUAAUCAUGCUAUGAAGGAAUUGAAAAAUGCUAUUGAUAGCUUGGAAAAAAGAAUGGUUAUAUACAAAAAAAGAGCAGACACAUUUGCUGAAUCCGUACUUGUGAGUGGAAAUGAUAAAAGAUCUGACUUCGAACUCGAGAAAAGGCAGAUUCCAAGAGUACCGAGAAUGUAUUUUAACGUAUUUACAGGUGUUCAUGCAAAGCAUAUGAGCGAAAUAAAAAAUUCUUUUGAAUGUGUGGCCAAAGUUACACAUGAUUUCCAGGAAAAAUUGUAA